GGGGCGCUCCCGGCCGGGACUUCCUGGAGCGGCCCCCGCGCGCCUCCCGCCGCCCGGAGACCCGCCGCCGAGAGACGCGUCCCCCGCCUCUGCCAGCCGGAACCGUCGCAGGCAGCGCCUGGGAGCAACCUGUCAGCCUCCCUCGCGGGUCCGCGGAGGACCGUUCCCACGCUCGAGUCGGCCCCGCGAGGGGAGCUGCGCGCCCUCUCUUCAUGCCGCACCACGCUCCUCGUGUGAGAGCCUGCCCGGGGCUCUAGACCCGCUCGGCUUUCUCUGGCGUAGGGGAGGUAAAACACCGUAGCUCUCCUGCUCUCGUGGCCCCAUCCUAAAUCGAGGACCACCUCUUUCGCUUCGUUUUAAAAUACGAAGAUGCUGAAGUGUGGAUUGCUAUGUGAAACAACUAGAGCCUUGUUGUGGAGUGAGGGCUUCCUUUUCACCUUCCAGCUCCUGAUCUGUGCGCUCUGAGGGAGGACGCUAAUCCUUCUCCCCGUUCCCCCUUCCCUAAGCCUUUCCUUGCUUCCAUGUUGCAUAGGUCAGAAUUUUGGUCAAUACUGUUUACGGAAGGGGGAAAAAAAAGAAGGCAGUUAAGAUCCCAAACAAAAGUAUUUGUAUGACUCAUCUAGUUGGAUUUAAGACAUCCUAUCCGUCUUUCAAGGAGCUUUUACUUCUCUUUGAAGGCAUCAGAUGCUUUUUCCUAUUCUUCCUGAGGAGGAUGGAUUGAAAACUAUACACUUUAGACUUUUUCUGGGCCACUGUUAUUAUUGAAAGACAUAAUGGGGCUUUUUCACUGGAUUUUUGCCAGAAUUCAUUUACACACUGAAACAAUGAGUUAGGCCUCGUCUAUAAAAUAAUGUUUGUCCUGCUUUAAUGUAAAGUUGCUGUGGAGGUUUGGGUUAAAAAUUGUGGAGGACAGUCUGCAUCAGAAGAGGUUCUCUUCAUCUCUGGUUGGUGUGGCAACCCCAAUCUGUCCUCGAUGCCUUCAGCAUUGGCCAUCUUCACUUGCCGCCCGAACUCUCAUCCAUUUCAGGAGCGUCAUGUUUACCUGGACGAGCCUGUCAAGAUUGGCCGCUCAGUGGCUCGCUGCCGGCCAGCUCAGAAUAAUGCAACUUUUGACUGUAAGGUGUUGUCCAGGAACCAUGCUCUUGUCUGGUUUGACCACAAGACAGGCAAGUUCUAUCUUCAAGACACUAAAAGUAGUAAUGGUACCUUUAUUAAUAGUCAGAGACUGAGUAGAGGAUCUGAGGAAAGCCCACCGUGUGAGAUUAUGUCAGGUGACAUCAUCCAGUUUGGUGUAGAUGUGACGGAGAACACGCGGAAAGGUAAGGUUACCCAUGGAUGUAUAGUCUCCACAAUCAAAUUAUUUCUUCCAGAUGGAAUGGAAGCUCGAUUGCGAUCAGAUGUUAUCCAUGCUCCGUUACCAAGUCCUGUAGACAAGGUUGCUGCUAACACUCCCAGUAUGUAUUCUCAGGAAUUGUUUCAGCUUUCACAGUAUCUGCAGGAAGCCUUACAUCGGGAACAAAUGUUGGAACAGAAGCUGGCAACCCUUCAGCGACUACUUGCUGUCACACAAGAGGCUUCAGAUACUAGUUGGCAGGCUUUAAUAGAUGAAGACAGGCUGCUAUCAAGAUUAGAGGUUAUGGGAAAUCAAUUACAAGCAUGUUCAAAAAAUCAAACAGAAGACAGUAUACGAAAGGAACUUAUAGCAUUACAAGAAGACAAACACAACUAUGAGACAACAGCCAAAGAGUCCCUGAGGCGGGUCCUACAGGAGAAAAUUGAAGUGGUCAGAAAACUAUCUGAAGUGGAGCGGAGUUUAAGUAAUACAGAAGAUGAAUGUACUCACCUGAAAGAAAUGAAUGAGCGGACUCAGGAAGAAUUAAGAGAAUUAGCUAAUAAAUACAAUGGAGCUGUAAAUGAAAUUAAAGACCUUUCUGACAAACUAAAGGUAGCAGAAGGAAGACAAGAGGAAAUCCAGCAGAAAGGACUGGCUGAGAAAAAAGAACUGCAGCAUAAAAUAGAUGAAAUGGAAGAGAGAGAACAAGAGCUUCAAGCAAAAAUAGAAGCUUUGCAAGCUGAUAAUGACUUCACCAAUGAACGGCUAACUGCUUUACAAGUACGGUUAGAACAUCUUCAAGAGAAAACUCUUAAAGAACACAACAGUUUAGGCAUACAAGUUGAUGACUUCAUACCUAAAAUUAAUGGGAGCACAGAAAAAGACAAGAUCAUAGACGAGGGACAUCUAACCAAAGUGGAAGAAAGAAAGCUUUUGAAAGAGAAUCAGGCAAGAGUGAAAGAAUCAGAUUUGUCAGACACUCUUAGUCCAAGCAAGGAAAAAAGCAGUGACGACACUACAGAUGCCCAAAUGGAUGACCAAGAACUAAAUGAACCAAUUGCUAAAGUAGCCCUUCUGAAAGAUGAAUUGCAGGGUGCGCAAUCAGAAACUGAGGCUAAACAAGAGAUUCAGCAGCUGCACAAGGAGCUGGUUGAAGCCCAAGAGCUAGCUAGAACAAGUAAACAAAAAUGCUUUGAACUUCAAGCGCUAUUGGAAGAAGAGAGGAAAGCAUAUCGAAUGCAAGUUGAAGAGUCCAGCAAGCAAAUAAAUGUUCUGCAAGCUCAGCUGCGAAGAUUACAAGAAAAUAUUGAGAAUCUUCGUGAGGAAAAGGAGAAUGAAAUUUCAAGCACUCGAAAUCAAUUAAUUGAUGCUCAAAAUGAGAUUGUGCUUCUUCAACAAGUAGCAGAAAAGACAGCAUCAGAACGAGAUACUGAUAUUUCUGCUUUGCAAGAGGAGCUACAGAAAGUACGAGCUGAACUUGAACGGUGGCGGAAAGAUGCUUCAGAUUAUGAAAAAGAAAUUGUCAGUCUGCAAGCCAGUUUUCAACUCAGAUGCCAGCAGUGUGAGGAUCAGCAGAAGGAAGAAGCUACUCGUUUAAAAGGUGAGCUUGAAAAGUUGAAGGAGGAAUGGAGUGCUCUGGAAGCUGAGUGUGUUACACUAAAGAAGGAAAAUACUUUGCUUGCAUCUGAACUUCAGCGACAAGAGAAGGAGCUUUCUAGCUCUCAGAAACAGAGUUUAGCGCUAACCAGCGAUAUAAGUGUUCUUGAAAUGUCUCGAAAAGAGCUUGAAAAUCAGAUGGGAUCUUUGAGAGAAAAACAUCAGCGGGAUGCAGCUAGUCUAAAAAGCCAACUCACUGAAGCUGAAAAUCAAGCAAAGGAUGUUCAGAAGGAGUAUGAAAGAACACAGACUGUGCUCUCAGAGCUGAAGGCGAAGUUUGAGAUGGCUGAACAAGAAAAGCAAUCAAUCACAGAUGAGCUCAAACAGUGUAAAGAAAACCUGAAGCUGCUACAAGAAAAAGGAAAUAACAGACAAUGGCCUUGGAUGCCUGUGAUGGCAGCUUUGGUUGCUGUAACAGCCGUGGUGCUGUACCCAGGCCUAACCAGAGCUUCUCCAUGAGAACUGUUGUUGAAUCCAUACACCGUCCUCCCUUUAGAAGCUGGCAUCACUCAUAUACUGAGGGAAAACAGAUUAAUUCUCUUCCUUUUUACCUCUUAAUACAGCACAGCUCUGCGUGAGAACAGCAGUAGGGUCAUUUGCUUUAAACUGUAUAAAAUGUAUCUGUCUAUAAAGAGGGAAUAAAAUUGUGAUUCAUCAUACUGUGAGCAAUAUUUUUGCUUACAAUUUCACGUAAGUUUUAAAUUAGUAUAUUGGGAUUCUAAAUAUUACAAUGGUGGCCUAAAGUAGGCUUCUUGGUACCAAAUUAUUUAUAAUGGCUAGGUUUGUGGACUUUUACUUUAGAAUCUAAUUGCUGGAUUUAAAAGGAAAAAGACUUUUUUGCUGACUUGGACACCCAAGUCAAAUAACCUUGCAGAUACUUUGAAAACAGAUGCAGUGUGCUCAGUGCCUUUCAGUGUGAUUUUUUUUUUUUUUUCUGAAACUAGUAUAUCGUUUCACUUGCUGUUAGUCACUGAGCUGUUGGGAACAAGACUUAAGGUAACUUCUCUUAGGCCUUUUGAAGGAAGCGUAUUUUUAUUUGAUAAGGAUUGUUUUGUUAAUGAUUUCUGGAAAUGAACACAAUUCCUGUCCAGCCUUAAAGAGAUAUAGACACUGAUGGUGAAGACCAGCCUAGAAUAUUUAGUGUGCGUGUGUGCGAGUGUAAGCAUGUGUGUGUUCUUGAGUGAACUAAGGUAUUUCUGGGAGCAAAUACUUGGUCAUUGGAUGGACAUAGUGCAGUGAUUCAACUUGCGUUAACUUUAGUUUGAAUGUAAUUUAUUAAAUUUCAUAUAUUUAAAGAGAUGCGUUCUUUAAAAGUAUGAAUACUUUCUCACAUAUCACAUUAUAUCAAUUUAUUUUUUCAGUCAUUUGAUACUUUCUGACUGGAGCUGGAGAGGCUCUUUAGAUAAGCUUUUGUUGAUGUAACUUCAUUAAAAACUGCUACCGUGCAUCUAUGAUUAGCCAAAAAAAUUCAGAGAUACAUAAACUGCUACAAAAUUGGAAUCAUAUACCUAGUCAUGUAUGUGUCAGGUGAACAAUGAUUUAAUUUGGUAGUUAAAUUUUUUGCAUCAACGUUACAUGGCUUAUAAGUACAAUGCAGUGGUCCCCAUUGUGAAGUUUAUUUUCCUUAUCUAAGUACUAUAGUUAUUGCUACUUGCUGACUUUGGUGGGAAUCACUGUAUUAAUGCUGAAUUAAAUAUAGACUGUAGUUAUCUUGUUGAACUCAACAGUUCCUUCAAAGUUUAUUGAAGACAAAUAAUAUGCUAAAGAAUGGUAAAGUAAAAUGGCUCUACUAAAGGAAACUUCAAAAUAGGGAGAUAAUCUUGAAGAUUCAAUUGGCUUUAAAUGAUCUUACGGCAAUCGACAGAUAGUUUAAAUAUUUAAAUAGAAAUUUAGCAUAAAAUUUACCUUGAGGUUUUGAGGAUCAUUGUCUGUCCUUUAAAGGUUCUACUUUAAGCUAUGUGGGAUUGGCUAAUGGGAGGAUUAUUAGUUAUGGAGAAAAUAGUCCACAAGUGACUUGUAGAAAAUAUUGUCAUUUAGUUCAUUCAUUUCAUCAUUUUCAGUUGCAGGAAGCCACCCAACCACAGAACACUCGUAUGCCAGUGGUACCCAGUACCUCUUGUAUAUAGGUUAUUGCAAAUAUUGUUCUGAAAUGCUUAACUUCAGAAUUACAUUUUUUAAAGUAAAUAAUUGUUUUAAAUCUAUUUUGUAAAGAUAUAAAAAUACAAUAGAAUUUCUGGAGUACAGAUUAAACUAUUUGCACUAACACACGUGAUGUGCAUGAUUUAAUAAAAUAACUUUACUCUCCCUAUGCAUGUUUGAGUUGAAUCUCAUUUGAAAGCAAUAGAUCCAUACUAAGUUUCUUUUAUGCUAGAUAUUACCACAAUUACUAGGCACAACGUCUGCAGCAUGCUCAGUAAUAUCAAAAGACAUUUUUACCUUGUAUUUCACAUUUGCACUGGUUUGUUUUUGUCUAGAUGAUCUCUCUCCUGUCUGUUUUUCAGAAAGAAAUUGGGGAAGAGGGUAGUCAAGGACUUGGGAGGAUUAUCACUGUGGAAAAAAUAGUGUUUUUCAGGUGAAAGUUGGAUCAUGCCUGUGGCAGGGCUGGCAAGAUUGGAGAAGCAGUACAGCAGAUAGCUGGGCAGUAGUGGGAAGGGAGCCUGGUGCUGCCUCCUCUGUUCUUCAGUAUCUUAAAUCUUCUAUUUGUCCCUGUUUUAGAUACUGUUUCUUUCCUAACUGAUUCUCUUCUCUUUCCUCUGCCCUGCCGGUAGCAUGUGGAGGUGGUGUGUGGAGGUGGAGCAGAGACUGGGGAGGAACCAGGUUCUCUGGAGCCCGAUGGGGCUGGUGGCAGGGAAGAUGCUGAGGGACCACCUGGGGACCCACCUGGGGUGAGCCCUGACUGACUGGUGCCUCCUGUGACAUAGAUUAAUUUUAUGUUAAAGACAGAUGUUACUGGGUGUUCAGAGGUAUUUAGUGCAUCAAAGAACUGAAAUUUAAGAUCCAACAUGACUCUAUUAAAGGAGAAAGAUUUCUCAGUUAUGUGCGUGUGUGCAUAUUUGUAUUGUAUAUACAAAUGUAUAGUACACAUUGCAUGGGUGUUUGUACUUACAAGUAUACCUGCAUUUCCCUAAUACAGUGCCUUUCCCAGGAGUUUCUGACACUUGCACAUUCAAAAUUAUCAGGAAUGAGGUAAAAUGCACAGUUCACUUUCGUUGUGGGACUCCCUGUGGAGAGGGAUUGGUUAACUGGGAAGUUACUGUUCUUCACUGCUUUGCUGUUAAAGCAGCAAGUGGAUUUAUUUUGUAAGCACUAUCUAUGCAUAAACCUCUCUUUUCAGCUGCUUUUCAUUGCUUAUGCUUACAGUAAAUAUGUGGGCUCUUUUACAUUCAUA